AUGAAAGGUAAAAACAGAAAGCAGAAUCUGUCAGACGCCGGAGAACUGGACGGUUCGUAUGAUCAGCUCACUGAAUUAUUUUAUUUUUUAGAUUCAAGUACAUAUGCACACUUCCUGUUUGAAGCUUUUGACACUGACAAAAACGGAUCUAUCAGCUUUGAGGAUUUUGCCAUGGGGCUGUCCAUCAUCCUUAGAGGCACCAUUAAUGACCGGCUGAACUGGGCUUUCAACCUCUAUGAUCUCAACAAGGAUGGCUGCAUUACCAAAGAGGAGAUGAUGGCUAUAAUGAAAUCGAUCUACGACAUGAUGGGGAAAUGCACCUCCCCCUGCAUGCAGGAUGAUGCACACAGGGAACAUGUGGAGUCCUUCUUCCAGAAAAUGGACAGGAAUAACGAUGGGGUUGUGACAAUAGAAGAGUUCAUUGAGUCAUGUCAGAAGGAUGAAAACAUCAUGAGGUCCAUGCAACUGUUUGACAAUGUUAUCUAGAGGAGGAAGUCCUGGAGAGAGCCGGGUCCCUCCCAUGGCGCUGCCCUCCUGGGAGACUCUGGGCUUUUAUUUUUACACAAGAGCCAUUGGGAGAAGUGACAUGGGAAAAAAUAAAUAAGCUAAACCCAGAACAAUAAGAAAGAAAAGGUGAUGGAUUUUUAAAAAGCAUUUUGCUGGCUGGAUUUCAGGGCCUCUCCUUUGAAAAUUUGGGACAAAUUGGGCACUGCAAGAAGCUUCACGAAAAAUAAACAAAUCCAUGAAAUCCACAGUCUUGUUACCGUAGCACUGCAGACAGAAUUGAUUUACAAAAACUCAUUCAUUUUACAUAGCAUGAGAUUAUUGCAUCCACUCUAGCAGUCUCUGUUAGUAAUUGAAAAGAUACUCCAAAGCCUGCCUAAUGUACUUUGUGUUUAUAUAUGGAUAGAUACCUCAGCUACUGCAUCAGUCUUAUUAGACAUGCCCCCUACCCCUUCUAUGAUAUCAUGAUGACACAGUCAUGAGUCUAGAGUGAUUGAAUGUCCCUGACUGAGACUGCUGGAGCACGAGAGCUACACUGUAUCACAGCACAGUGUAUAAGAGUACAAAUACCCACAGCCUGACUGAGACUGCUGGAGCACGAGAGCUGCACUGUAUCACAGCACAGUGUAUAAGAGUGUCAAUAUCCACAACCUGACUGAGACUGCUGGAGCACAAGAGCUACACUGUAUCAUAGUACAGUGUAAAGAGUGCCAAUACCCACAACCUGACUGAGACUGCUGGAGCACAAGAGCUACACUGUAUCACAGCACAGUGUAAAGAGUGCCAAUACCCACAAUCUGACUGAGACUGCUGGAGCACGAGAGCUGCACUGUAUCACAGCACAGUGUAUAAGAGUACAAAUACCCACAGCCUGACUGAGACUGCUGGAGCACGAGAGCUGCACUGUAUCACAGCACAGUGUAUAAGAGUGCAAAUACCCACAACCUGACUGAGACUGCUGGAGCACAAGAGCUACACUGUAUCAUAGUACAGUGUAAAGAGUGCCAAUACCCACAACCUGACUGAGACUGCUGGAGCACAAGAGCUACACUGUAUCAUAGUACAGUGUAAAGAGUGCCAAUACCCACAAUCUGACUGAGACUGCUGGAGCACAAGAGCUACACUGUAUCAUAGUACAGUGUAAAGAGUGCCAAUACCCACAACCUGACUGAGACUGCUGGAGCACAAGAGCUACACUGUAACACAGCACAGUGUAUAAGAGUGCAAAUACCCACAACCUGACUGAGACUGCUGGAGCACAAGAGCUACACUGUAUCACAGCACAGUGUAUAAGAGUGCAAAUACCCACAACCUGACUGAGACUGCUGGAGCACAAGAGCUACACUGUAUCAUAGUACAGUGUAAAGAGUGCCAAUACCCACAACCUGACUGAGACUGCUGGAGCACAAGAGCUACACUGUAUCACAGCACAGUGUAUAAGAGUGCCAAUACCCACAACCUGACUGAGACUGCUGGAGCACAAGAGCUACACUGUAUCAUAGUACAGUGUAAAGAGUGCAAAUACCCACAACCUGACUGAGACUGCUGGAGCACAAGAGCUACACUGUAUCACAGCACAGUGUAUAAGAGUGCAAAUACCCACAGCCUGACUGAGACUGCUGGAGCACGAGAGCUACACUGUAUCACAGCACAGUGUAUAAGAGUGCCAAUACCCACAAUGCUCUUGAGUAAGAAUCACAGGCAGUGAAAGCAAGAGAACUGAACCCAUAGCCCAAGGGAAAUGUUUCAAGUGAAAUAUAUUAUUUAUUUAUUAGUUUUGAUUAGCUGUUACCCAGAACAUGUGUUUUUAUGUGUUCUGACAUAUGUUUUUAUGUGUUCUGUUUUUUUCUCUGGCUUUGCUUAGUUUUUUGUUGCCUUCAUUAAGCAAGAUCUUUUUUUCACAGUUCUAACGCCAGUUGUUUCAUCCCCUUUGGUGCUUUCAUCAGAACUACUAAGAAACUUGUAUUGUGGUUCUAAUGCGCAUGAGGAACCACUGGCAGAUCCAGAAUAAAAGGGGUUAACUGUCAAGUAGUGUGAAGUAUUAGGUAAGAAGAAUAUACUUUUGAAGUGUUUAGAAACAGCAGUGGGACACAAGCAUUCUGAUAGUAUUAACUCUAUCAUUGGUUCAGAGAUUUGCUGUGAAGUCACAUUUAUUACAUGAACUUUUAUUGUUACAUUUUUUUAUGCAGGUUUUAAAGCACUGUUUUUGAAUAUACUGAAAGAUGACAUAUCUUGUUAAAGACCAAUUAUCAAACAAGCCAAUGUUCUAAUCACAUUCCAUGAUCCCCAAUGACACGUACUGGUUCUGACAAUGUGUGUGACAGUUAUGUUCAUCAGUAGAAAUGGAUUGAUUCCCGGUUCUUGUCAGUAGGAAUUGGUCAUAGGCGUGGCAUGGACCCCAUUGAGAUUAGUGUUCCAGUAGGAUCAGGAGCCUCCACAGGCUCCAAACCUUUUCAAAUAUCUUGGACUGCGAUCAGUGAUGGGGAAAUGUCAUACUACAGUCCCUUUUGUGUCAAUGCCAUGUGCACCCCACCCUCCCCAGAGUGCUUCAGAGCCAUAGCUAAUCCGCCAGUAAGACGAAUGACAGCUGUAUAUGCGCAUGCAUUGUUUCUAUAGCAAUUUAAAUGAGUAGCUCACUGGAUGUCAGUGUGUCAAGUUAUCAGUCUCUACUGGCUGCUUUGCAUUUCAAAUAUCUAUAUUUUGUACAGAGAGGGAAAUAAAAACCACAGUUGCUAUGCACCACUGUUG